UGUGCGGAGCCCAGGGGCAGCCGACCCUCUGGCCCGGCCCUGCUUCCGCGCCACCCGCCCUCUCCGCCCGCCAGGCGGCCGCAGGAUUGAGGAAGUGUGUCUGGUCCCGCGGCGGCCAGAGAGCCUCGCAGGGUAGAGCACGGCAGGACCUGCAGGCCCCGGCCCGCUGAUGUGUCCAGCCCGCAGCGCCCCGACCCCGCUGCCGCAGAACGAACGAGUGUCUGCGGCACCAUGACUCCGUGCGUUAGCGCACCUGCACAGUGGCGGUGACAACAGCGAGACUUUUUUGUGGAGAUCUGCUGCCUGGAGGGUUGAUGGCUGGCAUGUCACAGCGACCGCCCAGCAUGUACUGGUGUGUGGGAGCAGAGGGAUCUGCCGUGUGUCCAGGACCUGCCAUGGAGACCCACGAUGGUGCCAAAGACAUGGGCAGCAAACUGUCUGCUGCAUCAGGUGGCCACUCCUCAGGGCGUUCCCCCAGCAUGGAAGACAUCCACACUGCAUACAAGCAGAGAAACCUCUCCAGGGCCCGGGACCUGCUCAGAGAGGCUUGUGAUGGGAGUGAAUCCCCACAGGAGAAGGGUCAGCUGCUGAGCAUUUCGGCAGCCCAUGGAGACCUGGAGACCGUCCGAUUCCUGCUCACUGAGAAGCACGUGGAGCUGCCGACGGAGCCCACCGAUGACCACCCAGCUGUGGUGGCAGCGCAUUUUGGACACACCGACGUAGUGCAUGAGUUGCUAGAGUCCUUAUCAGGUCCCUGUAGCCCCCAGCGGCUGCUGAACUGGACGCUGGCCCUGGCUUGCCAGCGAGGGCACUUGGAGGUCGUGAAGCUGCUGGUCCUGACGCACGGGGCUGACCCGGAGAACUACGCGGUCCGGAAGAAUGAGUUCCCAGUCAUUGUGCGCUUGCCCCUCUAUGCCGCCAUCAAGUCAGGGAAUGAAGACAUUGCCAUCUUCCUGCUUCGGCACGGAGCCUAUUUCUGCUCCUACAUCCUCCUGGACAGUCCUGACCCCAGCAAGCGUCUGCUCAGGAAGUAUUUCAUUGAAGCCAGUGCCCUGCCCAGCAGCUCUCCUGGGAAAACGGCACUUCGUGUGAAAUGGUCACAUCUUAGGUUGCCCUGGGUGGACCUCGACUGGCUCUUAGACAUCUCCUGCCAGAUCACAGAGCUCGACCUCUCCGCCAACUGCCUGCCUUCACUCCCCUCCAUCAUCCCUUGGGGACUCAUCAACCUGAAGAAACUGAACCUCUCAGACAACCACCUGGGGGAGCUGCCCUGCGUGCAGUCAUCCGACGAAAUCAUCUGCUCCAGGUUACUUGAAAUCGACAUCUCCAGCAACAAGCUGUCCCACCUUCCUCCAGGAUUCUUGCACCUCUCAAAACUUCAAAAACUGACUGCUUCCAGAAACUACCUGGAGCGCUUGUUUGAGGAAGAAAAUGCUACUAACUGGAUCGGCCUGCGGAAGCUGCAGGAACUCGACCUGGCUGACAAUAGGCUGACUGAGCUCCCCGCCCUCUUCAUGCACUCCUUCAAGUCCCUCAGCUAUCUGAACGUCUCCAGAAACAAUCUGAAGAGCUUUCCCGACCCCUGGUCCUGCCCUUUGAAAUGUUGCAAAGCUUCCAGAAACGCCCUGGAAUCGCUGCCAGACAAAAUGGCUGUCUUUUGGAAAAACCACCUGAAGGACGUGGAUUUCUCUGAGAACUCGCUGAAGGAGGUGCCCCUGGGGCUUUUCCAGCUUGAUGCCCUCAUGUUCUUGAGGUUACAGGGAAACCAGCUGUCGUCGCUGCCACCUCACGAGAAGUGGACCUGCCGACAGCUCAAGACCCUGGACCUCUCCAGAAACCAACUUGGCAAAAAUGAAGAUGGGCUUAAAACAAAGCGGAUCUCCCUGUUUACCACCAGAGGGCGCCAGCGUUCUGGAACUGAGGCAGCAUGCAUGCUAGAAUUCCCAGCUUUCCUGAGCGAAUCACUGGAGGUCCUUUGUCUGAAUGAGAAUCACCUCGACGCAGUCCCUCCGUCCGUCUGCCUGCUGAAGAACUUAUCGGAGCUCUACUUGGGCAGUAAUCCCGGGCUCCGAGAGCUCCCUCCCGAGCUAGGCCAACUGGGAAACCUCUGGCAACUGGACAUUGAAGACCUCAACAUUGGCAAUGUGCCUGCAGAGGUCAGGAAAGAAGGCCCCAAAGCAACACUGUCCUUCCUGCGUGCUCAGCUUCGCAAAGCAGAGAAGUGUAAGCUGGUGAAGAUGAUCCUCGUGGGCCCCCCACGCCAGGGCAAGUCCACACUCCUGGAGAUCUUACAGACGGGGAAGGCCCCCCAGGUAGCACACAGCGAGGCCACCAUCAGGACCACCAAGUGGGAGCUCCAGAGGCCAGCAGGCUCCAAAGCCAAGGUUGAGUCUGUGGAGUUCAACGUCUGGGACAUUGGGGGUCCUGCCAGCAUGGCCACCGUCAAUCAGUGCUUCUUCACGGACAAGGCCCUGUACGUGGUGGUCUGGAACCUGGCACUGGGGGAGGAAGCCGUGGCCAACCUCCAGUUCUGGCUGCUCAACAUCGAGGCCAAGGCCCCAAAUGCUGUUGUGCUGGUGGUUGGGACACACCUGGACCUAAUCGAAGCCAAAUUCCGAGUGGAGAGAAUAGCUACACUGCGUGCCUACGUGCUGGCACUGUGCCGCUCGCCGUCAGGGUCCAGAGCUACGGGCUUCCCGGAUAUCACUUUCAAACACUUGCAUGAGAUCUCCUGCAAGAACCUGGAGGGGCAGGAAGGGCUACGGCAACUGAUUUUCCACGUCACGUGCAGCAUGAAGGAUGUGGGCAGCACCAUUGGCUGUCAGAAACUUGCUGGCAGGCUGAUUCCCAGGAGCUACAUCAGCCUACAGGAGGCCGUGCUGGCCGAGCAGCAGCGCCGUCGUCUGGGCGACGAAGUACAGUAUCUGACGGACAGGCAGCUGGAACAGCUGGUGGAGCAGACACCUGGCAAUGAUAUCAAAGACUACGAGGACCUGCAGUCUGCCAUCAGCUUCCUCAUAGAAACAGGAGCCCUGCUGCACUUCCCAGACACGAGUCACGGUCUGAGGAACCUCUAUUUCCUUGACCCCAUCUGGCUGUCUGAAUGCCUGCAGAGGAUCUUUAGCAUCAAGGGCUCACGGUCAGUGGCCAAGAAUGGGGUGAUCCGAGCCGAGGACCUCAGGAUGCUGCUGGUGGGGACAGGCUUCACACAACAGACUGAGGAGCAAUACUUCCAGUUCCUGGCCAAGUUUGAGAUUGCCCUUCCCGUCGCCAAUGACAGCUACCUCCUACCACACCUCCUUCCAUCCAAACCUGGGCUGGACACGCACAGCAUGCGGCACCCAAUGGGUAACACCAUCCAGCGUGUGUUUAAGAUGAGCUUCGUGCCUGUUGGCUUCUGGCAAAGGUUCAUAGCACGGAUGCUGAUCAGCUUGGCUGAGAUGGACCUGCAGCUCUUUGAAAACAAGAAGAAUACCAAAAGCAGGAACCGGAAAGUCACCAUUUACAGUUUCACGGGAAACCAGAGAAACCGUUGCAGCACAUUCAGGGUCAAAAGAAAUCAGACCAUCUACUGGCAAGAAGGGUUGCUGGUUACUUUCGAUGGAGGCUACCUCAGUGUGGAAUCCUCAGACGUGAACUGGAAGAAGAAAAAAAGCGGAGGGAUUAAAAUUAUCUGCCAAUCAGAAGUGAGGGACUUCUCGGCGAUGGCUUUUAUCACAGACCAUGUCAACUCCCUGAUCGAUCAGUGGUUUCCUGCCCUGACAGCCACCGAGAGUGAUGGGACACCACUCAUGGAGCAGUACGUGCCCUGCCCUGUCUGCGAGACAUCGUGGGCCCAGCACACAGACCCGAGUGAGAAGUCAGAGGGCGUGCAGUACUUCGAUAUGGAAGACUGUGUGCUGACAGCCAUUGAACGGGACUUCAUCUCCUGCCCCAGACACCCGAACCUCCCGGUGCCACUGCAGGAGCUCGUCCCAGAGCUGUUCAUGACUGACUUCCCAGCCAGGCUCUUCCUGGAGAACAGCAAGCUGGAGCACACGGAAGGCGAGAGUAGCAUCUUGGGCCAAGGCGGCAGUGGCACCGUCAUCUACCGGGCCAGGUACCAGGGCCAGCCUGUGGCUGUGAAGAGAUUCCACAUCAAGAAGUUCAAGAAUUCUGUGAAUGCCCCAGCAGACACCAUGCUGAGGCACCUGAGAGCCAUGGACGCCAUGAAGAACUUCUCAGAUUUCCGGCAGGAGGCCAGCAUGCUGCAUGCCUUGCAGCACCCCUGCAUCGUGUCCCUCAUCGGCAUCAGCAUCCACCCGCUCUGCUUCGCCCUGGAGCUCGCCCCACUGAGCAGCCUCAACACCGUGCUGUCCGAGAACGCCAGAGAUUCUUCCUUCAUGCCUCUGGGACAUAUGCUCACCCAAAAAGUAGCCUACCAGAUUGCUUCGGGCCUGGCCUACCUGCACAAGAAAAACAUCAUCUUUUGUGACCUCAAGUCAGACAACAUCCUGGUGUGGUCCCUGAGCGUCAAGGAACACGUCAACAUCAAGCUGUCAGACUAUGGCAUCUCACGGCAGUCCUUUCACGAGGGUGCCCUGGGAGUGGAAGGCACCCCCGGCUACCAGGCUCCGGAGAUCAGGCCCCGCAUCGUGUAUGACGAGAAGGUAGAUAUGUUCUCCUAUGGAAUGGUUCUGUACGAGUUGCUGUCAGGACAGCGUCCUGCACUGGGCCACCACCAACUUCAGAUUGCCAAGAAACUGUCCAAGGGCAUCCGCCCAGUUCUGGGGCAACCAGAGGAAGUGCAGUUCCAUCGACUCCAGGCACUCAUGAUGGAGUGCUGGGACACAAAGCCGGAGAAGCGCCCGCUGGCCCUGUCUGUCGUGAGCCAGAUGAAGGACCCAACCUUCGCCACCUUCAUGUACAUGCUGCCCUGCGGGAAGCAGUCAGCCUUCUUUUCUUCCCAGGGCCAGGAGUACACUGUGGUGUUCUGGGAUGGGAAGGAGGAGUCCAGGAAUUACACAGUGGUCAACACAGAGAAGGGCCUUCUGGAAGUACAGAGGAUGGCCUGUGCUGGGAUGAAGCUGAGCUGCCAACUCAAGGUCCAGAGCUCAGUGUGGAUAGCCACCGAGGACCAGAAAAUCUAUAUCUACAGCCUUAAAGGCAUGUGUCCACUGAGCAUGCCCCAGCAGGCCCUGGAUACCCCGGCUGUGGUCACUUGCUUCUUAGCAGUGCCUGUUAUUAAAAAGAACUCCUUUCUGGUGCUGGCCGGCCUGGCUGAUGGACUUGUGGCUGUGUUUCCGGUGGUCCGGGGCACCCCAAAAGAAAGCUGUUCCUACUUGUGCUCACACACAGCCAACAGGUCCAAGUUCUGUAUCCCAGAUGAAGAUGCCCGGCAGAACCCCUACCCAGUGAAGGCAAUGGAAGUGGUCAACAGUGGGUCUGAGGUCUGGUACAGCAACGGCCCUGGGCUCCUUGUCAUCGACUGCACGGCCCUGGAUAUCAGCAGGCGGCUGGAGCCCUUCGCAGCCCCCUCCUCGGCCGCAUCACUGGUGUGCAGCUCAGACUGCGGAGGGGAGGAGGUGGUCUGGUGCCUGGACGAUAAGGCCAACUCCUUAGUGAUGUACCACUCAGCCACCUACCAGCUGUGUGCCCGGUACUUCUGCGGGGACCCCAACCCCCUCAGGGACAUGUUUCCUGUGCAGCCCUCGGCCCCAGAAGCCCCAGGCAGUCACAUGAUCGCCUCAAAGGAGCCAGAGGAGGAGUGCAUUGCAGACGUGAGCAUCAUGUACAGUGAGGAGCUGGGCAUGCAGAUCCUGACCCACCAGGACUCACUCACUGACUACUGCUCUAUGUCCUCCUACUGCUCGUCCCCACCCCACCGAGACCCCAGGUCCCCGUCCAGUCUGCCCAGCUCCCUGACCAGCUACUCCAGUGUGCCUUUCUCCACUGACUAUGAAGACCCAGACAGGCCCAGCGUCACCUCUGACCGAUCUGAGCCUGACCUGACCCCCAUGGAUGGGGAGACGUUCAGUCAACACCUGCAGGCUGUGAAGGUCCUUGCUGUCAAAGACCUCAUUUGGGUCCCCAGGCAUGGCGGGGAUAUCGUUGUUAUUGGCCUGGAGAAGAAUUCAGGUGCCCAGAGGGGCAGAGUCAUCGCCGUCUUAAAAGCCCGAGAACUGACCUCUCACGGGGUCCUGAUGGACGCAGCAGUGGUGGCAAAGGACACGGUAGUGUGCGGCUUUGCAAACGAAAACAUGGAGUGGUGCCUGGCUGUCUGGAGGGGCUGGGGCGCCAGGGAGUUUGACAUCUUCUACCAGUCUUAUGAGGAGCUGGGCCGCUUGGAGGUGUGUACGCGCAAGAGAAGGUAAUGCCCGUGGAAGGGCCUCCGCGUGGAGCCAGCAUGUCCGAGCCGCCGCCUUACCCCUCUGCUACAGCCCUCCAAGGGCACAGAAGACAAACAGGUUCUUUGCUAACCCUGUGUUCAGAAGGGCUGAGAAGCUAGUAGCUACUGGCGGUUUGGGAGUUCUCAGGUUCUAUGGGGAGAAUUACCAGCCCAAGGGAAGUCACAGGGUCUGGUUGAGAGAGGCAUUCUCUUGCCUCUUCCACGGGCUUCCAGGAGCUGGGGAGAGUGACCCCAUUCCAGGCCUUCCUGGCAUAUGAAUGGGCCUGUCCGUUUUUAUUGCCAGGCCUCAGAUGGAAUUACACUGGAGACCUUUGGUUGAGGAGCAGUUCGGGGCAAGGUGGGAAGAGAGGGCUGUGACCCCUGGCCCUCCUUCCCCAAAGACCCCGGGCUCUCAGCCUGUUUCACAAGGCUCUGAGUCCCUGGAGCGUGGGGCCCAGCUUGGUCAAGGUGAGAUCGAAUCUCCUGGUUGGCAAGGGCUCUGUAUGGGAAACCUCAGAAGGACCCUGAACAGGCAGCAUUGCCCAAUAGUGGGGAUGAAUGGGUUCCUUCAAGAGUCACAGCCCGAAAGCCCAGUGCGAGGGCUCCUGCUUCCCCUGUACAUUCUUCUUCCCGACAAAAGGAAGGAGAAACCCAAUCAGCGGGCCCGGAGAAAGGGCCUGUGUUUAUAGCGUGGUAAAAUAAACUUGGAUGCAGCCAGAGCACAAGCCUUGCUUGUUUGCACAUCAUAAUCUUGUUUAUCACUUUAACAAAUUAAGUAAUAUCUCAGCGGUUAGGCCCGGUUGUGAAAUCCCAUCGUAUGGGACUUACACCGAAUUAUAUAUUUGCCAAACAUUUACUGCCCACAUGGACAGCAGAUGAUGAAAAGUGAAACUGUUAGCAGGGCGUAUGGGCACAACAGGGAGCAUUUUAUAAAUCCUGUGCACACAUGUGCACACAUGCCCACGCCUUUGCCAAGCGGUACCCUUGGAGGCUGCUUAACCUAGAACUCAAAUUUGAAUGUGAAGUUGUACUUGGCUCAUGUUGUUGAACCUUUUCUGGAAUUAAAUUAUAAAAACCAAACUUGAGAUUUGCUGGGGUGUGCAAGCUGAUGUGACUCCUGCUGUCUAAAAAUAAACAGACCUAGAAUGAAAAA